AUGUUCGAGCACGGGACCUGCAGAAGGAUCGUCAGUCUAAUACUAAUAGUUAUAUGGGCGAUAUGGUUGAAAAAAUCUAAAGUUUUCAUUUUAAAUAUUGAUCAAAUGAGUGACCACAAGAUGAAAUACCCUGACGUUGCAACAUUUGAUUUAGAUUAUACCGUCUGGCCCUGUUAUUGCGAUUCUCACAUUAAUCCUCCAUUAAAACCAAUUCGCAGUUCAAAUGGUGAAGUGAGAACCGUUGUUGAUGCAUCUGGUUAUGAAGUUACAAUUUAUCCUGACAUCUAUAAGAUUUUAUCUGAUUUGAAGCAAAAUGACGUUAAAUUAAUUAGUGCGUCGAGAACAUGGGCUCCUGAUAUCGCUAAGCAAAUGUUGAAGACUUUCAAAAUGUCAUACAACGGUUCUAUUGUCCCAUUAACUGAAAUUUUUGACGUUUCAGAGUGGGGGGAAAGAUCCAAGGUUGGUCACAUUAGAGAUUCAUUCAAGAUAAUUUACGGUGAUACUAAUUUAGACAAGAGAGACAUCUGCCUAUUUGAUGAUGAAGGUAGAAAUAAAGAAGUGGAAAGAUACGGCAUUAAAUUCGUUUACGUUAAAGAUCCUGAGAGAGGUGCUACAUGGAAAUUGUAUCAAGAUUAUUUAAAGAAUAAAUAG